AUGCACAUUUGCGGUAUACCGUACACUAAUACAAAAAGAGCAAUUGACGUUAUUGCCUAUUAUUUUCUACAUUAUAAUGAAGUACGUUUUCGUAUCGAUGCAGUACCGCAGAAGCGGAUGUAUCGCUUAGAUCUUAUACAAGAUUUGGCAUGCAAAUGCUUAAUGACUAGCCGUGAGGCGCAAAUUUCAUAUACGAUUAUUAAGCGAGCCUUUAGAGCAUUUUAUUAUGGCACCGAUGAAGGCGGAGUAGCGAAUCCCUUACUUUAUCCGCAAUUGAAACAUUCGCCAGAGUGCUUAUGGUAUCAUGCGGCGCGUCGAACGGCACAAGUUUACGCCUGCUACGAGGGCAUGUUCCCAAUUUGUCAAAAGGAUCUCGAAUUACAAAUCCGUACGGUAUAUUUCAAGGUAUAUGAGCGUUUGAAAGCACUUCCAAGAGCUGGAGGUCAUCAGGAAUGCAUGUGCCCGAAAUGCUUUAAACGCAAGCAGAGAGCAAGUCUAAAACCACAAAGCAGUACUGCUAUGUUACAUCAAGCAGUCGAUUCAUACGAAAAGAUUUAUCAAAAAGAAACAGCUGAAAUUGUUGGCGAUAGCGCUUAUACCAGAUCAUCAGCUGUUCCGUAUAUUGGUCAUGAGAUGGAGAGUUUUGAUUUGCUACAGGGCGAAAACCGAACUUGCGAUUGUCCUACCCUUGAUAUGAUGAAAUUCGAAUUGAACGUACCACAACUCGCUGAAAUUACUAAUACUGGUUUUAGUCAAGGCCCAUUCGAAUGCUAUUGGAAUCCGAUAACAAAAGAGGAAGCCGAAGCAGUUGAUGCGUUACCAGAUUUUAAAUUACCCGAAGAACAGCCCUGUCCACCGGAUACAUGUGAUGAAGAUUUAUAUUCAUUAGAAUCUUGCGUCUCAAUUUGCGAGUGUACGUGCGAUGUAUGUGAAUGCGUUGAAGAAGAGGAAGAGAUGGAAACGAUCGAAGAGAAGAGCGAAAGCCGACAAAUAGAUACGACAGACGAUCUUCUUGAAGGUCCGCGAGCACCUAGCGAAAAAUAUAGUCUUUGCCGCGUUCCAAUAAAAUUGUUAAGCAAAUCUGAAAUUUUAGCUUUCCAAAAGAAACGUAUCGACUCGGACAAAACGCAAAUGGAGCAAAUUAAAAAAGAAAUGCUUUCAACAUUUAAGAACGAAACUGAAAAGGAAACUAAAUUAAAAUUGAAGAACGCCGCUAAAAGAGUAACGCAUUUAAGAUUUGAGGAAUCGUAG